ACGGAGGCUGAGGUGGCGGAACUGCGAGGUGUGUGGAGAGGGCGCCGGCUCCAGGUGUGGAGAGGGGCGGUGUGAAGGCGUGAAGAGCGGCUCCGCCCCUCUCCGGCCCAGAAGUGGUUCCGGGGGUCCCUGGGAAUCUUGGAGUACCGGAUCUGGAUCCUUGGGGCGGGGUCCUUGGAGGGGACUCAGCGCCCCCUCCUGGGAGCCAGCGGUCUCGUCGCUGGGACCGCAGUUGGAGCCUGAUUGGUUGUAGAGACAAUCCCCUAAACUCCUCCUGGGCAGCCCAAUCCCUUGGGGUUAGGGGGACGGGAGAGGCCCCCGUCCCCCCGGUUUAUUACUCCUGCAUCUCCUAUCAGUUCAAGGCCCCUCCCCUAGCAACUUAUGUCCCUUGUUCGGGGUCUUGGAGACAUUUCGGCCACCACGGCGGCGCCUCUGUCUGAAGAAGGGGAAGUGACCUCUGGCCUCCAAGCUCUGGCCGUGGAGGAUACCGGAGGCCCCUCUGCUUCGGCCAAUAAAGCCGAAGAAGAGGGGGAAGGAGGCCGGGAGGAGACCGAGCAUGAGGGGUCAGGGGCUGAGGAGGUGCAGGGAGAGGCCCCCAGUGUUGAAGGGGAAGAGCAUGCCAAGGGAGAAUCCGAAGACUGGUGCGUGCCCUGCAGUGAUGAGGAGGUGGAGCUGCCCGCCGAUGGGCAGGCCUGGAUGCCUCCUCCCUCCGAAAUCCAGCGGCUCUAUGAACUUCUGGCUGCCCACGGUACCCUGGAGCUUCGAGCUGAGAUCUUGCCCCGCCGGCCACCCACGCCUGAGGCCCAGAGUGAAGAGGAGCGAUCCGAUGAGGAGCCUGAGCCCAAAGAGGAAGAAGAGGAAAAACCGCACAUGCCUACAGAAUUUGACUUUGAUGAUGAGCCAAUGACUCCAAAGGACUCCCUGAUUGACCGGAGACGCACCCCAGGGAGCUCCGCCCGGAGCCAGAAACGGGAGGCUCGCCUGGACAAGGUCCUCUCAGACAUGAAGCGACACAAAAAACUGGAGGAGCAGAUCCUUCGCACUGGCAGGGACCUCUUCAGCCUGGACUCAGAAGACCCCAGCCCCACCAGCCCCCCACUCCGGUCCUCAGGGAGUACUCUCUUCCCCCGGCAGCGGAAAUACUGACUGCUGCUGAUGCCGCCUUUAGGAUGUGGGGUGUGUACCUGCUGGGACCUGGGCCUUCCUUCCCUAUCCCAGCCCUAACCCAGGGCGCUGGGGAAGAGGAGACUCCCAAGCUCCUAACACUGCGCCUUGCCUGACAGAGGACCGCCUUGCCUGACGGAGGACGCGUUUGUAUUUGUUUUCUGUUGAACAUCUCUUUGGAGAACCGGGACCGAGUUUUCUGAAUCUAAAAUAAAAACUGGAAAGUUA